GGUAAAGAGCGUGAAGAUUACUCUGAACUACAUUUGUCUCAAGAAACAAACCAAAAACAAACUUUGUGGACAGCUUAUAAAAUGGACUAGUCAUGAACUGAAAUUCUGACUGACAAAUGCUUGAUUGUGAAAACAUGCAUCUGUGAGUAGAUUUCUGGACUUCCCCUUGUUAACUUUUUACAACUUGAGUACUGCUGCCAAGUCUAUAUGAUAUCACUUACUAUAUUGCGCUGACCCCUUCAAUGUGUUUCCUGAAAUUACAACACAUAGCAACAGUUUGCUGUAAGUCAACACUUCUGUUUUUAAAAUGAUUUUAUCAGAAGAAAAAAAAUCAAGCCUUCCAGUGUAGUAUCGUCUCUGUGGACUUCACCCAGCGGUGCCGUGGAGUUUGUUAAUACCAAACAUAACAAGGAACCGGAAAGGAAAACUGUAUAGGUGUCUUAUCAGUAGAGAAUAUUACAGGUCUCUUCAGAACUCCUCCUGGCAUUCUUUCACUUCACGUGCCCGCACAGCUGUGGGACAGAUGGUAAAGCAAGACCUCUCUUUGAACAAAAGAUGAACACCACAAGCAACUCCAACACAACCUGUAGCAAAGGAUCCCCAGCAAUUGGAAUCUGCAUCCUUGCCACGGCAUUCACUCUUGGUCUCCCUGGCAAUCUGUUUGUGAUAUGGACCGUGCUGCUCAGACUGAGAAAAAGAUCAAUCACCUCCGUGCUGAUCCUAAACCUGGCAGCUGCAGACGCAGUCGUCCUUCUUACAGCCCCGUUCUUCAUCCGCUACCUCGCGGUCCUCAACUGGGAAUUCGGGCAGGCCUCCUGCAAGAUAAUGCACUACAUCUGCAGCGUCAAUAUGUACGCCAGCAUCUUCAUCAUUGCGUUCAUGAGCCUUGAUCGACUGUUCGGAAUUUCCAAGCCCUUUCUGUCCCAGAAGGUCCGAACGAAGCCUAAAGUCCGCAGGUUAGCCCUGGCACUCUGGGUACUGGCUUUCCUGUUGGCCACACCCAUGCUUUUCUACCGGAGCGUGGUGACCAGCAAGGGCAGACGAUGGUGUAACCCUGUGCACACGAGCAGUGUUCACAAAGUGUUCCAGUACCUGGUGGAAACCAUAUCCUCUUUCCUGGUCCCUUUCACAGUUAUGACCGUCAGUUAUUUUUGCAUCUGUCUGAGGCUCAGAAAAGGGAGGUUCAAACGUAGAUCCAGGCGUAAGUCGAGCCGGCUGAUCAUUUCAGUGGUUGUCAGCUUUGCAGUGUUUUGGAUGCCAUAUCACAUUGUUAACAUUCUCCAAGUAGUUGGGAUGUUGUCUGGUUCGAAGGCUCUGGAGGACUUUGCAACGUGCUUGAGGCCGAGUUUGACUGCGUUUGCAUUUGUCAGUAGCAGCGUGAAUCCUAUCCUCUAUGCUUUCGUCGGGACCACAUUCAUAAGGACUUCAGGGUUAAACUUUGUGGCGAAACUUCUGGAAGGGACUUCUUCAGAGAUGAGUAGUUUGAAGAAAUCCGGGAGGGCACUCCAGGAGAAGGAGGAAGAGGAAAAAAUCAGGAAGGUGGAUUGCGUGGAAUUAGAACAGGUCACAAAUGCUGGACAAACUGGAGAAGACACACUGAAACAGGAUCUGGAGCCAAAUACAAAAGCACCCAACUGCUGAGCUUAUAUAUAAAGCUAUGCCUUGAUUAUCCAAACUGCCCCUUGGUCAUCUGUCUUGUUGUGUGCUGUGCUCUACUGUCCAGUUGUCAUAGAAACAGUGCUACUCAGCCUAAGUCUCUGGUAUUUAAUUACAGAACAAAACAGUGCUGGGCUAUACUGUAUAUUUUGAGUAAUGGGAAUCUUGGGCUCAGUUCAGAUAGUUUACUGUACAGCGACAAAGAUGAAGAUGUGGGCUGCAAAGACUAUUAAUAAAAAAUUGCCAAUAUUUUUGCAUUUGUUCUGUAAGAUUAAGAAAAAAAUUAAUAUUUUAUUUAUUAUUUGCAAAAAAGAAACUGCUUAAAAAAAUGUGAGUUUAUUCUCAUAUUUUAUAAAAAGAAAGGAGUACUUAUUUUGUACAGAAAGAUCAGUUUUUUUGAAAAAAAGAAAUGCAGAACCGGAUUGCAAACAUUAAAAUGAGACAAACAAUGAUUACAAUGAACAAUGAGUCAGGGUAAAAGUAAAAGUUACACCCAUGGAAUUGCAAAUUACAUCACAGUUAAUACCGAGAAAAUCGUUUGGCACAUGAUAAUACGUUGAGCUACAGUAAGCUGGGACGAUGAUUAGAAGCAGUUCUGAAUCAAUAUGGAAUGUUGCACUUUUUGCUAUCAGUCAUUUCGCAGAAAUGUAUUUUCUUAGAAGAUAAAAUGAAGACAAAAUGCCCACCCCCAGUCAUUCUGGCAGCAAACAUGUUGACACUACUGGAGUGGCUUGCUUGCUCAUUAAAUUGCAAGUAUGUGAGGACUGUAAAUCUCACUUUUUUUUUCUUGCAUUAGUUAAAUCGGUCUCAAGUGUGCAGUUUUGAAAGAAACACAAUACAGCCAGCAUGCAUUUGAAUUUAAAAACAUCUGGUACUGCACUAGGAUAAAGAAAGUCCUCGUGCCUUAUUCUUCCUGGGUCACCUCAGCAGUGUCUUCUGGUCCAUGUUACUGGCAUGUCAGUCAACAGGGGAAGCAUCUGGUUGGUUAAGACAGGAAUGGUUGAUAAGGUGGGGAUAAAUUCUCCCUCCAGGUAACCAAGGAAGUGCAACACUAUAUGAAAGCACGGCUUGUGCAAACGGAUAAUUAUUUAAUCAAUUCUAGAACAUUAUUUCAAAACUGGGCAUUAUAGAUUAACACAACGAAUGGAAGAUAUAAUUAUUUUUAGCUACAAUCUCUUUCUCAGUGUCUUCAGUGUUGAAAUGAGGUUUGACGUGUGAAGGAUCUCAUAAUGGUCUCAUGAAGAAGAACUGGGUGUGCUGGUUUUGUAUUAGAAAUUAGGUGUGAAGGCCACUGGCUACAGCAAAGGACAUGGAUAAUUACAAUAAAAAAUGGCAUAUACUGUCUGGCCACUUUAUUGGGACCUGUGUGUCUCCCCUUUUGGGUUUGACAUCACCCUGGUAUGGGGUAUGUUCUCCUGGUGUACCCGGGGUCAGUGCAAAAUUUAAAAUGUUGCACCAAUUUGCAUUGAAAAGUGUACCGUCCAUAUUUCAUAUUUUACUUCUAUUUUUUUUAUGUUAAUUUACAAAUAAAAUUGUAUGAAUGUUUGUGUUUUUGUUCUUUGUUUAUAUCUCUAAAAUGUUGUAAAAACACCAUUAUACACAUUGGGGAAAAAAGACUAGGACAGAACCAUUAGUGGACUACAUCAAUAGCAGCUAAUAUUUUCUUUGGGUAUCCUUUACUAAACUAAAAAGGGUGUCAGUCAGAAAGGCAGUUUUUACUGGACAACACAUGUAAUGUAACUUAACUAAGAAAUGUAUAGAAUACAGUUCUGUACCAAAUAUGAAAGUAAUUGUAGCUGACAUAAUAAUUCCAUAAAUCUCAGCCAUGUUGCACUUCAUUAUCUACAUGGAACUCAAAUGUGCAGUUUUGAAAGAAACACAUGCUAUUGCACACAUGUAUUUUCAUUUUAAAACAGGGUAUCUGGUAGUCCUUUAGGUUAAAGGAAACUCUCGGUUUCUACGGCUUACACCCUGGGUCUUCUGGGUCAAAGAUUGUUAUUGGCUGAAAACAGUCAAUAAUGGAAGCAGCUGAUUGGACAAGCAAAAGGGUGGGGGCAGGUGAAAUGACGCAGGAAAUUCAAGACAGUCUAAAAGCAGAGUUCUCUUUAACCUAGUGUAUCACCAGCUAUCAUGUUUUGUCUCUAUACCAAAGAAACUUAAAAAGUCA